UGGGUACCUAAACUACAAGCAUUUGCGAAAACUUGACCUUAAGAGGUGUAAUCGAUAGGGUCGGCUUGUCGGAGUCAAUUUAAGUUGCCGGAGAUUGGAAAGCCUCCGCCUCCAUGCGUGUGCUGGAAAUAUAGGUACCUUAGGUAAGUAUAUUCCCUUUAUCCAUCUCUCGAAAAUAUCUAGUCCAAAGUACAACAUGCAGAUAUUGAAGUCCGUAAAUGAGGACGCGUAUGAGGGCGUCGGCUUGCUCAUAUUAGGAGCGGGUUGGACUUCAACAUUUCUUAUUCCGCUCCUAAACCGCGAGCAGAUCAAGUAUGCAGCUACAACCAGGGACGGCCGGGAUGACACAAUUCGAUUCAAGUUCGAUCCUAAAUCGAGUGACGCGGGACCGUUCGAGGUGCUACCGGUCGCCAAGACGAUAUUGAUCACAUUUCCUCUACAGGGAGAAGGCCAAGCAAAGCAUCUAGUACGCAUGUAUGAAUCUACACAUCAGAAGCCCGGUCGCUCCAAGCCGCACUUUAUACAACUAGGCGCUACAAGUAUUUGGACCGCUCCAAAAUGGCAAGACGAAUCAUCACCUUAUGAACAUGGCGACUCCCGUGCCAUCGCCGAAGAUGAGUUGAUGGCAUGUUCCGAGGGCACCGUGCUAAACCUCGCCGGACUAUACGGAAAUGCCCGUCAGCCACGGGAUUGGGUAGACCGCGUAGUGAAGACAAAGUCUGAUCUAAAAGGGAAAGGCGCACUGCAUGUUAUCCAUGGUGAGGACGUCGCCAGAGCCGUUGUCGCGCUACACCGAAAUUUCACCCCCAAGAAACGGUGGCUGCUGUGUGACAUGCAUGUCUACGACUGGUGGGAUUUAGUACAGGACUGGGCAAUCCAAACCUUGCAGAGCGCCGAGGUUGGCGUCGGUCAAGUUGACACACCGAUCGCCAAGGUCGAGAGGCAGACGGAACUGCUGAAUUGGGUUGGUGAACUCAUGGUAGAAGAGGGCGUAAGGGCACUCCCAAGAGAUACGUCUUCGCUAGGGAGAACACUGGAUGGUAGGGGAUUCUGGAAGACAAUGGGCAUCUGGCCGGUUCAGGGACGAAUUAGAUAAAGGACGAGCCUCCCUCAAGUCGUACUCGAAUCUCCCAGAGACCAACGGCU